UUGCGCGCGCAUGCGCACAUCACUAAACCGCGUCACAAAAAACAUAAAAGGAAAUAAUUCCUUCAAUUUAUCAACAAUCGACACCCAACUGCCGACAGAGCAAAUUAGAAUCUCAAAAGCUACGCACGGAAAAAAACAAAAUGGACGAACCAAGCAGCAGCAAAGCGCACAAAGAUGAGAAAUACGUGCUGAAAGGUAAAAGAUUGAAUCGUGGUGUUACCACAUCUGGUUUAACACAUGAAUGUGGCGUUUUUGGAGCUAUUGGCACUGGUGACUGGCCGACGAAUUUGGAAAUCUCACAGAUUAUAUGCUGGGGACUCGUUGCGCUACAACACAGAGGACAAGAAUCCGCUGGAAUAGUAACAUCAGAAGGCCACUGCGCGAAACACUUCAACGUUUACAAAGGCAUGGGAAUGGUCAGUAACAUUUUCAACGACGACGCCAUCCGUAAACUGACUGGUAAUCUCGGUAUCGGGCAUACUCGUUACUCAACAAGCGCCGCCAGUGAAACAAUCAACUGUCAGCCAUUUGUAGUUCACACUGCGCAUGGCGCAAUGGCCGUCGCACAUAAUGGCGAGCUGGUAAACUGCGACGAUUUACGCAAAAUGGUUUUAUCCCGAGGUGUAGGCCUAUCAACCCACUCAGACAGUGAGUUAAUCACACAAGCUUUGUGUCUUACACCGCCAGAGGGCGAGGAUGACGGCCCGGACUUCCCUGCAAGAAUUCGCCAUAUGAUGGAACUUGCACCACUAAGUUACGCGGUUGUAAUCAUGCUCAAGGAUAGAAUUUACGCUGUGAGAGAUCCGUAUGGUAACAGACCACUGUGUCUUGGUAAAAUCCUACCAAUAAACGAACCGCUAGAUGGCGAAUGUGACGAAUCACGCACCGCUGACGGCUGGGUAGUCUCCUCGGAAUCCUGCGGAUUCCUUUCAAUCGGCGCCCAGCACGUACGGGAAGUCUACCCGGGUGAAAUCAUCGAAAUGUCAAAAGAAGGCAUACGCACCAUUGACAUCAUCGGUCUACCCGAAGACAAAUCACAAUCAUUCUGUAUUUUCGAGUAUGUUUACUUCGCACGCGCGGAUAGUAUCUUUGAAGGUCAAAUGGUUUACAACGUGCGCCUGCAGUGCGGCCGUCAGUUAGCCAUCGAGCAUCCAGUCGAAGCGGACAUAAUCUCAUCCGUGCCGGAAAGCGGCACAGCCGCCGCGCAUGGCUUCUCACGCCAGAGCGGAAUCUCAUUCUCUGAAGUUCUGUGUAAGAAUCGUUACGUGGGUAGAUCGUUUAUUCAGCCGAGUAAUCGUCUGCGGCAACUGGCGGUGAAUAAAAAGUUCGGCGCGUUGUCCGGCAGCGUCAAGGGUAAACGCAUCAUACUCAUCGACGACUCCAUCGUGCGCGGUAAUACAAUCGGGCCGAUAAUUCGUCUUCUGCGCAACGCAGGCGCGAAGGAAGUGCAUAUUCGUAUUGCCAGUCCGCCAUUACUGUAUCCCUGCUAUAUGGGGAUUAAUAUUCCUACAAGAGAAGAGUUAAUCGCGAAUAGGUUGAGUGCGGCUGAGUUAGCAACGCAUGUUGGUGCUGAUUCCUUGCAGUAUCUCAGUGUGGAAGGUUUGGUUAAAGCUGUCCGGAAUGAUAUCAAGACUAAAUCGCCAGCUAAGGUAGGACAUUGCACUGCUUGUCUUACAGGAGAGUAUCCCAAUGGUGUGCCGACGCAGAUGGACUGGUAAAGUUACCUGUUUUACCUUUUAUUUACCAUUUUAUGUGUUUCUUCGCUUCUUGUUUCGAAAGAUGUUGUUUAUUAUUAAAUAGUAACGAUUAUAAUUAUGUACAGUACAA